AGGCGGGCAAUUUUCGAACUGAAGGUCGAAACGACGACAAGCUCCAACCCAGCCGACAACAACCACGCCCCGUUCCUUUCGACCUCAUCGUCCCUCUCCUACCCACCAAUCCGCAUAAUCGAAUAUGGCUGACGCUCCCCGUGGAGGUGCCCGUGGAGGCUUUGGUUCGCGCGGCGACCGUGGCCGUGGCCGUGGACGCCGUGGACGUCGUGGACCCAAGAGCGAGGAGAAGGAAUGGCAACCAGUCACUAAGCUCGGCCGUCUCGUCAAGGCCGGAAAGAUCACCAGCAUGGAACAGAUCUAUCUGCACAGCUUGCCAAUCAAGGAAUACCAGAUUGUUGAUUUCUUCUUGCCCAAGCUGAAGGAUGAGGUUAUGAAGAUCAAACCCGUCCAGAAACAGACCCGUGCCGGUCAGCGAACCCGCUUCAAGGCUAUCGUCGUCAUUGGAGACUCCGAAGGCCACGUCGGUCUCGGUAUCAAAACAUCCAAGGAAGUCGCAACUGCUAUCCGCGCCGCUAUCAUCAUCGCCAAGCUCAGCGUCCUUCCUGUCCGCAGAGGUUACUGGGGUUCCAACCUCGGUGACCCACACUCGCUGCCAACCAAGGAGAGCGGAAAGUGUGGUUCCGUCACUGUUCGAUUGAUCCCUGCUCCGCGUGGUACUGGUCUCGUCGCGUCCCCCGCCGUCAAGCGUCUACUCCAGUUGGCUGGUGUCCAGGACAUUUACACAUCUUCCUCCGGAUCUACCAAGACCCUUGAGAACACAUUGAAGGCUACCUUCGUCGCUGUGGCCAACACAUACGGUUUCUUGACCCCCAACUUGUGGAAGGAGACCAAGUUGAUCAGAAGCCCGCUUGAAGAAUUCGGCGAUGUCCUCAGAGAGGGAAAGAGAUACUAAAAAGAUGUUUAUUUUAAUUCUGUCUCUUUUUCUGCCGUUUUUUCUUUCUAGCUAGGUCGAAAGGAGUCUUAUGCGAAUGUGAAACGAUUCCAAUUUGAGAUGAUUUUGAAAACCGGUGCUGGGAAAACCCAGUCAUGUUGGUUAUGAGUAUCGCUGCAUCGGAUGCAGGUGGCUCAUUCUUUUCGGUUGACAGCACCGUAUAACCAGGUGAAAACUUAGAGAAUCAUUGAAAAAAGAAACCCGUUUAUCGACC